GGGUACAAGCUGCUGAAAUGGGCUUUCUUGGACGAGUCGCUGGCUUUACGCGUCUCGACAUGGUCCGAAAUAGCGACGUCCGGAAGAGCCUUGGAAUACAGCCUUUGCUUCUCCAGAUUGAGAAGUCACAGCUGCAAUGGCUUAGGCAUGUGUUGCGAAUGCCUCUACAAAGGAAGGCUAAGCAACUGUUCCUUGCAAAUCCGACCGGCAAAAGGCCCAGGGGACGGCCAAGAUUAACCUGGUGCAACCAUAUUUAAGG